AUGACCACCACCAAAACAAACACUACCACCUCCGUCAGCACCACCUCGACAACAACCACCACCAUCAUCCCCUGGAACAGCACCACCACCAAAAUUUCCACCGCCACCGCCACUAACACCAAAACCACAACCACCAUAACCAUCACCACCAUCACCACCACCAUUUCUACCACCACAAACAUCACCACCAGGAACACCACUACCAGCACCACCAGCACCACCACCAACAUCACCAUCAUCACCACCACCAUCACCAAUAAAACCACCAACACAACCACCAUCACCACCAUCCCCAACAACACCAACGCCACCAAAACCACCACCAUCAGAAGAAACACCACAACAGUCACCAGAAACACCACCACCAUCAACAUCACCAACACCACUAAUACCACCACCACCAUCAUCACACCACUACCAUCAGCACCAGCAUCACCGCCAACACCACCAAGACCACCAACAACACCACCACCAAUAUCACUGCCGCAUCCACCACUACCACCACCACCACCACUGGCACCACCAACAUCAUCACCACCACAACUAGCACCCUCAUCACCACCAACACUGCCACCAGUGGCACGGACAUCACCACCAACCCCACCAGCACCACCACAACCAUCACCACCACCGCCACCGUCACCAUCACCAGCACUACCAUUACCACCACCACCACCAAAAUCAACAUCUCCUCCACCACCAUCGGCACCAAAACCAAAACCGAGUCAACGCCACCACCACCAUCAAAAUUAA